UUCUUCCCAUUGCACCGUUCCAGGGAUUUAGCAGCGGGGUUUUGCCUUCUCUGUCAACUACUGAUCUGAUUCAUCGAAUCCAUCAAAAGACUGAGCUACGAUCUUGAAAUUUUCCAUUGGCAGUUCAUUCGAAAAUCUCAAUGGCUUCUCCGAACGAUAUGCAAUCGGCUAUGGACAAGGAACAGAUAUUUGGUAUGGCAGAAAAGGAGAUGGAAUAUCGAGUUGAAUUGUUCAACAAGCUUACACAAUCAUGUUUUAACAAAUGUGUUGAUAAGAGGUACAAGGAAUCUGAGCUGAAUAUGGGUGAAAAUAGUUGUAUUGACCGCUGUGUUUCCAAGUAUUGGCAUGUAACUAAUUUAGUCGGCCAGCUACUCGGGUCGGGUAGACCUCCUAUGUGAGCUGAUUCUUGAUCUGAGUAAUUGUUUGGUGAGUUGGGAAUGAAGAACUAUGAAUUAUGCAUUUUUGGCCUGUUUAAUUCUCCCAUCUCAUGAAAUACUUUGUUUUUCUGUUCGAGAAGGCAUUGAUAAUGGCAUUAUUUCAUCUAUAAGUGUGAUGUGAUUAUGUUA